GCUGCCAAUCUCUUCUAGUUUCGGAUCGGGCUGCCUUGGAAAGGGGGAGGGGGUUGCUGCCCUGGCAUCUUGUUUGUUGCAUUGUGAGCCCCUCCCUCGCUCGCUCGCUCGCUCCCUCCACAUCCUCCUCCUCUUCACCUGCAGCAGCGAAUUGCUGCCCUCUGCUUCUUCCUCCUUUCCGCUCCUUUUGCUUGCUUGGCAUCUCUAGUAUCUCGGGUCCGUCGCUGUUCCUGAACAGCCUUGUCUCAGCUUACAGAUCUUGGAAUUUGAAGCAGUGAAGCAACAUUGAGAUUGCGAAGCACUGAUUCAUUUGGGCUAUAUGGUUGAAGUCACUAUGACGGGCGCCAUGGCAACUGUGAGCCUUACAGGAACCCCUUGCAGAUGCUCUAGCCCUGAAUUGGCUGCGACUCACCCUGCCGCGGCUGGGCGACCAAUUGCUGGGCUCACGCAAGGUGCAAGGAUGCUGGGAGUGGGUGGAAGGGUUGAACUACAAUUUUCGCCUAGAAAUUAUUUGAAUUUACAGCGAGGUCAGAGACAGGAUCGAAAAUUGCAAGAGAAAGUUGUGAGUGUGCAAAAUGUGGCGGGAUUGUGGCGACGAACUGCAGGCUCUGCAAGGGCUGUGGUGAGGGCUAUGGCGGAAGAUUCUAGCUCGGAGAGCAGUGUGACAACUGAAGAGAGAGCGUUGUCCCCGGAAGAGGAGGAGGAUCAAGCGAAUGUUAGCGAAAUCCUUCGGGUUUUGGAUCUUUUGAAGAAGAAAAGAGACAUGACGUUUAAUGAAGUCAGAUUGACAAUUAUGAUUGAAGAUCCACGAGAGGUGGAACGAAGGCGGCAGCUCGGCAUUGAGGAUGAACGCGGCUGCUCCAAGGAAGAUAUGGGCAUUGCGCUUCAAGAGGUCUACGAAGGGCGCCUACCAGAGGACCGGCUGGUGUUACGCGAGUUGACGAAAGAGAUGCUGGCCUGGCCAAAUCUUGAGGAUGAGAUAUCGGAGGUCAACCCGUUAGCAAGUCCCUACGCAAAAGUGACACCUACUGGGGUAGACCCAAAAGUAGCUGCUCAGAGAGCGAAAGUAGACUGGGAUGCGGCAGCAGAGAUUCAACCUGGCGAAGAGCCAAAAGACCUCAGCGACAUGGUUCCCCCAGUUGUGGGUUUCAGUUUUCUAUACCUCGUGAGCUUCAUCCCUGUUAUCAUAGUAGUGGCAGUAGUGCUGAUCCUCUUCUUCAAUUCGCUUCAGUGAAGGCGGGUGUGGCACUUGACACAAUUUUGAGACCAACUAGUGUGUAGUUCGUUUGCGUAGAGCACUUUCAGUUGCGGAAUCUAGAGUUAUGUGAUUCACCUGUGAGAGCCAUUCAAUUUGGGAGUUCUGUUCACUAGAUUGUCUUCUUACUGUAAAAUCGUGUUGAUCUCUUAUUUCAGAAAGACCAGCAGAUUUCUUAUUU